AUGAUCGUCACCGGCGUGCUGAUGGCCUUGUCACCGGGAUGGCUCCUGCCGGUCAUUGGGCCAAUUUCUCCGAGUAUUCAUUCCAUCGGCUGCCAAAUGACAGGAACCAGCUCGAUCCCGCUGGAUAGCAUCGCAUCGCAUCGCAUCACAUCCCAUCCCAUCGCCUCGCCUGAAACAUCCCCGCCGAUUAAGCUUUUCCUCGCCAAGCCCACCCUUAUUUUUCCAUCGGCUCUCGGACCAAGCCAAGAACGCCCGACCGGAAUCGUCUUUGUCGUGGAGGAGGAACGUGCGGAUGUCCGACCCGGACAUGUGAACAGGUGGUGA